CCAACAAUUUUUUUGUCCGGCCUUGGCCCUCGUUAUCGGACGUUUCUAGUCUGCGCAAUUAAAUCAAUUCGGGAAAAUCAGAUAAACAAAUUUAUUUUGAAACAAGGCGGAAGGCAGGCGUGAGCAAACAUGUUUCCGCCCACGCGUAUUCGUAGCUGCCUUCCAGUCAUAAACCCGAUGUUCAAGCAGCGUUUGCGUCCACACAGGCCUUUCCGGCAGACAUCGACGCUGCACAAUCAAACAAAGAACGCGACUCAGUUUCAACCGAAUAAAUGGAUGAAUUUGAGAGCUAUAAUUACGCGGUGGGUGCCUCUCGGAAGCGUUAUUUACGUAGGUUGGUGCUACAUCCGCGCGAGCGUUAACUAUGAAGUGUCGAAAGUGGAAAUCAAAUUUUACGAAAUGUUUCCGUUUCGUAUAACUAGUCGGAUAUGGGGACACCUGGCGGCCUGCGAGCUGCCGACGUCGCUCCGCAGCUUCGUCUACGGUACGUACGUUAGAGUAUUUAACGUGAACCUGAACGAGGCGGCAGUACCUGAUCUCACAUAUUACAAGAGUUUGGCAGCGUUUUUCGCUCGGCCGCUGCGCGACGGUGCGAGGAUCAUCUCCCCUGUCGCUUGCGUGUCCCCCUGCGACGGCGUAGUCCUGAACUGCGGACCAGCAGAUACUGAGAAGAUAGAACAAGUUAAAGGCGUAACAUAUAGUUUAGAAGAAUUCUUAGGUGAAAAUAAAUGGUCUAAAUCGAAGGACAAAGAUUAUUAUAACUCACUGUUGAGUAACAAGAAUAAUAUUCUACACCAAUGUAUUAUUUAUUUGGCGCCUGGUGACUACCAUAGAUUCCAUUCUCCAUGUGACUGGACAGCUAAUUUCCGGCGACAUUUCUCAGGAAAACUUUUAUCUGUAAAUCCUUGGAUGGCCCGUCUCAUCCCCGGGCUUUUCACCAUGAAUGAAAGAGCCGUGUAUGUUGGUAAAUGGCAGCACGGAUUCUUCAGUAUGACUGCAGUAGGGGCGACUAAUGUUGGUUCCAUAGAAAUCUAUGCUGAUCCGGAGUUACGAACAAAUACUAAAGGCAGGAGGAACAGAAUUGAUGAAGCCGACUUAGGAGACUUGCCGAUCAAGAAAGGAGAGUUAUUUGGCCAGUUCAACAUGGGAAGUACGAUAAUUCUGCUGUUUGAAGCUCCGAAGGAAUUCAAAUUUGAUUUUGCAUCCGGUGACAGGGUACAGGUCGGCCAGGCCUUGACAAUGACUGCCAAAGCGCAAGCAAGAUGACCAGUUUAUUCAGAUUUAGUUCAUGUCGCCCAAUAUGCACUCGUUUUCUAUGUGAUAAUGCUUAUAAUUUGAAUAUUGUAGAAGCAUAGAGGCUUUGACGAUGAAGCAUGUCUAGGGUACGAUUUGGCGGUUUUGCUACGGACCCAAAGCUUGAAUUAUUAGAUUUUGUAAACCCAUCUCAUUAAUGUGAUCAACAAUAGAAUGUACAAAAAACAUAGUAUCUAAUGUACUUAUAUCACAACUUUGUUAAUCUUAAAGAUAUAUAUCGAUUUAAAUAAAAGUAUUAAAUAUAGUGUUUUUAAAAUA